AUGAAAUUCACCGGUCUUGCUUCGUUCGCCUUGUUGGCAUCUCUGGUAUCGGCGUCGCCGGCGCAGGUCCUCUCAAAGAGGGCGUCGGUCCAGGAUGCCUGCAACAUUGGCUACUGCACACAGAAUGGCGGCACCAAGGGUGGUGCGGGCGGUACAACAACGACCGUCACUACACUGGCUGCUCUGACAGCAGCCGCCGUCGCCGAGGGGCCCGCCAUUAUCAUCGUCUCCGGCAAGAUUACCGGCGCCGCCAAGGUGCAGGUUGGUUCUGACAAGACCAUCAUCGGCGCCCGUGGCAGCUCUCUCGAGGGCAUCGGCCUGACCAUCCUGGGAAGGAAGAACGUCAUCAUUCGCAACAUGGCUAUUAGCAAGGUUGAGAACACCUACGGUGACGCAAUCACCAUUCAACUGUCCAAGAAUGUCUGGGUCGACCACUGCGACCUUUCGGCGACACGCUCCGGCGACAAAGACUUUUACGACGGUCUCACAGAUCUGUCCCACGCUGCUGACUGGGUCACGAUCUCGAACACAUACUUCCACGACCACUCCAAGGGGUCGCUCGUUGGCCACUCCGAUAACAAUGCCGCAGAGGACAAGGGAACCCUGCACGUAACAUAUGCCAACAACCACUGGUACAACAUUCGCAGCCGUGGUCCCCUCCUCCGAUUUGGCGUUGCCCACAUUUACAACACUUACUUCGACACCAUGGACACGGGCCUGAACUCCCGCAUGGGCGCCCAGGCUCUCAUCCAGAGCAGCUAUUUCGAGAAUGUUGGCACCAAGGCCAUCUUCUCCGAAUCAAGCAAAGAAAUUGGAUACGUUGUUGCCCAGGAUGUCGUUCUCACCGGCAAGAGCCAGAACCAGGCGCAGGUCGGCACCUUGACGGCAAGCAGCCCGCCCUACUCGUACAAGCUCGUGGGAUCUGCCAAUGUCAAAGCUGCCGUUGUCGGCGUGGCUGGCCAGACGCUGACCUUUUGA